UCCAAGGAGCGGUUGUAAAUUUACUGAACGCCUGUAGUUUUGUGGUUUAGUUAAAACCCCAAUAAAAUGUUGGAUGUUGAAGUUGUCCCCGAGUUAGGGAUACGUCAUAAACUUUGGGAGUUCGUUCUUGGGAUGCCCAUUCAACAAAUGAUUGACAUUCUACGAAAACAAGAUCAUACAAUUAAAAAUGUUGAUUUUUGGUAUAGUGAUAAGGAUCCUUUCAGCAUGAAUUUGGUAUUAGUGCUGCCUGCUGAUGGUGUGAAGUUCCAUUUUGACCCAUUUUUACAAAGACUAAGGAUCAUCGAAAUUUUUGAUUUGUCCUCCAUCACAUUACGGUAUUGGUCUCAGUAUUUUAAUAGUCCAUCUAUUCUACCAACAAUGCAGGAGGUUUUAAGAAUAUUCGGAUCCACAAAACCUCUGGCUCCAGCAGAGUCAGAUGGUGACUACCAAUUAACUUAUCGAGGUAUUACCUUCAUAUUGCGAAGGUUCUCUACUGGAAGUCGUGAAUCGAUUGAUUCCAAGUCUGAUCUGCUUGCUACACGAUUAUUUAUUUACCUGGGUAGUAAUUUAGCCGAAGCUAAGGUCCCAGUUGAAUUACCUAGUGCAUGCUAUUUACAAAAUGUUUUUCUUGAAAGGCUCGAAGUCAACAGAUCAGUCAAUUCAACUACAGACUUAACCUUACAUCUUGUUGCUCAAGAUUUAAAUGUGAACCCAACUCGUGAACCCCAGAUCCGUCGGUUCACUCGCUCUCUAACUUUUGGAGAUUCUGUUCAGGAUGUACUUUCAGCCUUAGGUUCUCCAAGUCGUGUAUUUUAUAAAACUGAGGAUAAAAUGAAAAUUCAUCUUCCUCAAUCGCACCGACUUGUGCAACCUAGAAAAUCGGAUUAUUUUUUCAAUUAUUUUUCACUUGGCUUGGAUGUAUUAUUUGAUGCCCAAACUCAUAAAGUAAUGAAAUUUGUUUUGCAUACAAAUCAACCAGGAGAGUAUACAUUUAACACAUAUUAUCGAUGUCUUUUUGAAAUACCGAUUCCCAUUGUAAAAUCAUCCAAAGAGAAUACAAAUAUUGAAACUGAUGAAACAGAUAAUUCACUAAAUGAAACAAAGUAUUUAGUAACGCCAUUCUCAAAGUGGUCUGAUGUCCGACAACAUUUAAUUUCAUCAAUGGAUACUGAACCAGUAGUUAUUUAUAGAGAAUCGAAACCACAACAGAAUCCUUUUGGUCCAACACAUGCAUAUGGUUAUCAGGAUAUUAUAUUUGAGAUUAUUCCAAGCAGUGAAUGUAUAGCAUCAGUGACACUAUAUACUCCAAUUCAUCUAUCUAAAACCUAG